AUGAUGGAAACAAAAUCACGGCCACUUAAUCAUUGAUGGAAAACAGCUGUAAGUUUGUGUUGAUAGGAAGACUUUAAAUUUUUUGGUUGACUAUUAUGGUCUUCGAAAAAAAUGACCUUCUGCACUGCAUUAUUCAUUGGAUUGUCAUUGACUUUCUAUUUACUCAUUCAUUCAGAUCACUCAUUUCAAUUCCACAAAUCCACUUUCUACCAUGGCUGCCGAAAAAAUUGCCGGUGCUCUAGUGUCCACCUUUGUUGAGAGGACUAUUGACAAUUUGGCUUCUCGUUUUGUAGACAUAUUUCGUGGAAAUAAAAGCCACAAGAAGCAGUUAAGCAACUUGAAGGUGAAGCUCCUAGCCGUUGAUGUUGUGGCUGAUGAUGCAGAACAGAAACAGUUCACAGAUCCAUGUGUGAGAGAUUGGCUUCUCGCAGCCAAAGAUGCCGUGUAUGAUGCAGAGGAUCUCCUGGAGGAAAUAGACCAUGAUGCUAAAGAGGUUGGGAAUCCCCUCACUUCUUUUAUCAGUUUCUUUGAAAAUAAAUUUGAAUCAAGGAUGGAAAAACUCAUUGAAGACCUAGAAGAUCUUGCAACACAAAGUCAUCUUCUAGGUUUGGAAAGAGGUCAUGAUUUUGGGGAGGGAUCAAGAUCGGGCAGUAAACUAACAUCAACAUAUUUGCCAAACGAUAGUGUUAUCUAUGGCAGAGAUGAUGACAAAGAAUUUGUCUUUAACUGGCUCACAUCUGACAUUCCCGACAACCUAUCUAUACUUUCUAUAGUGGGAAUGGGAGGGGUGGGUAAGACCACUCUUGCCCAACAUGUAUUCAAUGAUCCAAGGGUGGAUGAGGCUAAAUUUGAUGUCAGAGCCUGGGUUUGUGUUUCAGUUGAAUCUGAUGUUUUCAAAGUAUCAAGAAAAAUUCUUGAGGAUGUUACUAGAUCACCUGAUCAUAGUUCAGAUACAGAUAUGGUUCACAGAAGAUUGAAAGAAAAAUUGACGGGCAAAAAAUUUCUUGUUGUUUUGGAUGAUGUUUGGAACGAAACCCUAUCUAAUUGGAAAGAGGUGCAAAAACCCCUUCUUCUCGGAGCCCAAGGAAGUAGAAUUGUUGUGACUACCCGUAGUAAGGAAGUUGCUUCUACCAUGUUUUCAGAAGAACGCUUUCUAAAGCAAUUGCAGGAAGAUGAUAGCUGGGAGUUGUUUGCUAAACAUGCAUUUCGUGAUGAUACUCAACCAAAUCCAGAAUGCAGAGAGAUUGGCAAGAAGAUUGUUAAAAAAUGUAAAGGACUACCUCUUGCCUUGAAAGCAAUAGGAAGUCUAUUAUACAACAAAUCAUCUGUUUCAGAAUGGGACACUGUGUUCCAAAACGAGAUAUGGGAAAUUCCAAAAGAUCGUUGUGAUAUUGUUCCCGCUUUAGCAUUGAGCUAUGUCCACCUGCCUUCCCAUUUGAAGACCUGCUUUGCUUAUUGUGCCUUGUUCCGCAAGGAUUAUGAGUUUAAGAAGGAAGAGUUGACUCAGUUGUGGAUGACUGAAAACUUUCAACAGCAUAGUAAGACUCCGGAUGAAACUUGCCAACAAUACUUCAAUGAUCUAUUAUCAAGGUCCUUCUUUCAACCCUCAGGUAAUGGGAAAGAACUAUUUGUCAUGCAUGACCUUCUAAAUGAUUUGGCAAGAUACAUCGCCGGAGACAUAUUUUUCAGGUGCAAAGAUAGUCAAACAAAUAAUAUACAAAAAGUAACUCGGCAUUUUUUAUUUGAACUUCCUAACUUUGGACGCUUUCAUGAAUUUGGAACUUUAUGCAAAACGGAAAGCUUGCGUACAUUUCUACCAACACCAGAUAGGAAACUGGAUUACUUUCAUUGGUUUUGCAGUAUGUCGAUACAUGAAUUGUUCUCCGAGUUCAUGUUCUUGCGUAUUUUAUCGCUCUCUCAUUGUUCUAACCUUUUAGAGUUACCUGAUUCUGUCGGCAAUCUUAAACUUCUUCGUUCCUUAGACCUCUCUCAUACUGCAAUAAGAAAACUACCUGAAAAAAUAUGUUCACUAUCCCACUUGCAAAUACUGGAGUUGAACUAUUGUACAUAUUUGGAAGAGUUGCCCAUAAAUUUGCAUUUACUUACUAAUUUGUGUAGCCUUGAAUUUAGGUUCACUAAAGUGAGAAAAGUGCCACCAGGUUUGGAAAAAUUAAAGAAUCUUGUAGUAAUGAUGAAUGUCUUUUAUGUUGACCAUAGCAUGGAGUCGGGUAUUCAACGGCUAGGAAAGCUUAAUAACCUUUCUGAACACCUAGAAAUUUGGGGACUGCAGUGCAUUAAGAAUCCUGAGGAUGCAUUAGAAGUCGAUUUGAAGAAUAAAACACACAUUGUGAGGCUGACAUUGGCAUUGGAGAGGACUGGGAACUCUAUUGAUUCAAAAAAAGAAGAAGACGUAAUUGAGAAUCUGCAACCUUCCAAAAACUUAAAGGAGUUGUCAAUCUUAAACUAUGGUGGGAGUAAAUUUCCAAACUGGUUACUAGAAGAUUCGUUACCAAACCUGGUGUCCUUAGUGUUGCUCAAUUGUAAAUCUUGCCAACAUUUACCUCCGCUUGGUCUUUUGCCAUUUCUGAAGAGCCUGUAUAUUUCAGGGUUUGAUGAGACCGUGAGCAUUGAUGCUUAUUUUCAUGGAAACAACUCUUCUUCAUUUCAAUCCCUUAAAAAGUUGGAGUUCUCCGAUAUGAAGCAAUGGGAAAAAUGGGAAUGCCAAGCUGUGACAGGUGCUUUUCCAAAUCUUCAAAUUCUUUCUCUGAAGAAAUGUCCGAAACUGAAAGGACAGCUGCCAGAGCUACUUGUUCCUUUGAAAACACUAAAAAUUACACGUUGCCAACAACUUGAAGCUUUCCCUCCCAGGACUCUAGAAUUAGACCUACGUCACUGUGGAAAGUUGCAAUUGGAUUGGGCUCCAAUGGAAUGGCCUAGAAUGGACGGGCACCACAUGACAGCAUUUUUCUCUGAAAGUGAUGGGUCCCACACUCUUGAUGAUUUGGAAAUUGUAGAGGUAAUCAGUGAUGGCUCUAUCCCUCUAACGACCUUUCCACUAGACUCCUUCCCAACAGUCAAGAGACUUGUUCUCUCUUGGUUACGUAAUCUAGAGAUGAUUUCACAAGAUCAAGCUCAUCAUGAUCAUCUACUGGAUCUGACAAUCACAAGAUGUCCUAAAUUUGAAUCGUUGUCUGGAAACAUGCGUGUGUUGUCUCUUACAUCGCUAUGGAUAGAAGACUGUCCAAGAUUUAAGUCGAUCCCUUACGGAGGUUUGCCAUCAAAUUUGGAGAAUCUGACAAUCAAAGGGUGCCCUAAGUUUGAAUCAUUACCCGACUCUGUUGGCAAUCUCAAGCUUCUUCGUUCCUUAGACCUCUCUGAUACUGCAAUAAGAAAACUACCUGAAAAUAUAUGUUCACUAUCCCACUUGCAAAUACUGGAGUUGAACUAUUGUACAUAUUUGGAGGAGUUGCCCAUAAAUUUGCAUUUACUCACUAAUUUGUGUCGCCUUGAAUUUAGGUUCACUAAAGUGAGAAAAGUGCCACCAGGUUUGGAAAAGCUAAAAAAUCUUAAAGUAAUAAUGAGUAACUUUAAUGUUGACCUUAUCAUGGAGUCGGGUAUUCAACGGCUAGGAAAGCUCAACAACCUUUACGAAGACUUAUCAAUUGGGGAACUGCAUGACAUUGAGAAUCCUCAGGAUGCAUUCGAAGCUGAUUUGAAGAAUAAAACACACAUUGAGAGUCUGACAUUGGGAUGGGAGAGGACUGGGAACUCUAUUGAUUCAAAAAAAGCAGAGGACGUACUUGAGAAUCUGCAACCUUCCAAAACCUUAAAGGAGUUGUCAAUCUUUAACCAUGGUGAGAAUAAAUUUCCAAACUGGUUGCAACAAACUUCAAUUUGGAAUAUGGUGUCGUUAGAGUUGGACAAAUGUAAAUCUUGCCAAAGUUUACCUCCGCUUGGUCUUUUGCCAUUCCUCAAGAAGCUGGUGAUUUCAGGGUUUGAUCAGAUAGUGAAUGUUGAUGCUGAUUUUCAUGGGAAGAACUCUUCUUCGUUUAAAUCUCUUGAAACAUUGUAUUUCUCCGAUAUGAGACAAUGGGAAAAAUGGGAAUGUAAAGUUGUGACAGGUGCUUAUCCAUGUCUACAACAUCUUUCUAUAAGCUUUUGUCCCAAACUAAAAGGACAAUUGCCAGAGCAACUUGUUCCUUUGGAAACACUACACAUUACAAACUGCGAACAACUUGAGGCUUUCGCUCCAAGGGCUCUAGAUUUAGAACUACGUAACUGUGGAAAGCUACAAUUGGAUUCGGCCAUGAAAAGGCUCGUAAUGGGUGGGCACAACACGGAAGCAUCCUUGCUGGAAAUGGUUGGAUCUAACACUCUUGAGCACUUGGACAUUUCUUCAUCCCUGGAGUCCAUGAGUGAUGACUGUGUCUUUGUAAGGACCAUUUCACUAGAUUUCUUUCCAAUACUCAGGACCCUUAAUCUUAGAGGGUUUGGUAAUCUACAGAAGGUUUUACAGGAUCACGCUCAUUAUCAUCUCCAGGAUCUGACAAUCAAAAAAUGUCCUAAAUUUGAAUCAUUAUCUGGAAUCAUGCAUAUGUUGUCUCUCAAAUCACUAUGGAUAGAAGAUUGUCCGAGACUUGUGUCGUUUCCUGAUGGAGGUUUGCCAUCAAAUCUAAAUGACAUGAGACUGAGUAAUUGUUCUAGACUUGUUUGCUCACUGAAAGGAGCUUUCGGAGACCGUUCUUCUUUGGAAAGCUUGUGGAUUGAAGGAAUGGAUGCAGAAUGUUUUCCUGGUGAAGGCUUGCUUCCACUCUCUCUUACUUCUUUAACAAUAUGUGAUUGUCCAAAUCUAGAAAAGUUAGAUUAUAAAGGUCUUUAUCAACUCUCAUCUCUCAGAAGACUGACUCUUGUUAGCUGCCCUAACCUCCAAUGCUUACCAGAGGAAGGUCUUCCAAGAUCAAUUUCAUAUCUUUGUAUAGGCGAUUGUCCUUUGCUCGAACAGCGUUGCCAGACAGAAGGAGGGGAAGAUUGGGAAAAGAUUGCUCACAUUCAAAAUCUGAAUAUAUUGUAAUGUUGUUUGUUUUGAAUAGUGAUGCAUUUGGUCGGCUACAAUUUAUUUAAGAUCAUGAAAUGGCAAAUUGUAA